AUGGAGAUUGAAAAGGAGUUGGAGCAAAUUAAAGAGAAACAGAGGUAUGAAGUGAAGGAUAUUGAUUUGUGGAGAAGGGAGUCAGGGUUCAAACCAAACUUCUCAACUCAUGAAACGUGGAAGUUGACAAGGGCAAGUGGAGUUCAAUGCGAUUGGGGAAGAUGCACCUGGUUCUCUCAAGCAACGCCGAAAUUUGCGUUCCUGACUUGGCUAGCUAUGCGAGACAGAUUAGCUACCAUGGAUCGAGUUUCAAGCUGGAGCCAAGGUGUUGACACAACUUGUAUCCUAUGCAAAAGUGCCUCUGAAUCGCGUAAGCAUCUGUUCUUUGAGUGUUCUUAUGCUUCACAGAUAUGGGAACACCUCAUGAGAGGAAUUCUACGCAGCGCGUACUCUGUUAAGUGGGAUGACCUCAUAAGGCUACUUACUGAUUCGGGUAUGGACAAGAAAAAGCGCUUCUGUUUUCGCUACACUUUCCAAGUGACUCUGUACUCCCUGUGGAGAGAACGAAACAAGAGGCGGCACGGUGAGCAAGCUAUGCCGGCAAGGGUUUUAUCUAAGCUCACUGAUAAGGCCGUUCGUAAUAAGCUCAGUCUGAUUCAGUUGAAGGGUGUCAAAGGUCUGGAGAACAUUUUGCAGUACUGGUUUGCUACUAGAGUGUAA